UCGGCGCAGACGUCCGGGGUGACGCAGAUUUCGCGGUGCGUCAAGUACCCGGCCACGGGCGACGGCGAAGGGGACGCGUGGGGUAGCGGCGACCGCAUGGUGGCGCACUGGUCCCUUCCGGUGGAGCUCUCGUGCGUCGCCGACUGCGUUCCGCCCCCCGCCAAGCACCCCGUCGUCUACUUUCAGGUUUCCUCCUACGACGAAUGGGACAGGUACAGGUGCGAGGGAUACGGCCACCUCAACCUCGGUGCCCUGCCCGUCGGCACCUGCACCAAGGUGAUCAAGACGUGGAAGGCUGGCGGCACCAUCGCCGACCGCGUGGCGAGCCAAUUCGUGGGCGGAUCGCCGGAGAUUGGCGACGUAUCCUACGCCGGCGUCCCGGCGGAUGCAAAGGACAAACCCGUGCACUCUCGCCUCGGCUUCGUCGCCGAUUCGUCGGGCGAGAUUAAGGUUCGCGUGAACAUCGUGACGCAGACGAAGGGCGACGCCAGCGCGGGCGCGAAAAAAGGUCUGGGUUUGCUCAAGAACCUGCUCGGCAAGGGACCCGGCGAUAAGGGCGGAGACGGUAAAGGAGCGCGGGAACGGUACGAGAAGAAGGAGGCUGUCGAGGACGUCGUGUCGCGCGCCCGGGCUCGACUCGCGGAGGCGAGGGCGCAGAAUCGGCAAAACCCGGCCGCGGCGCCGAGGGCCAUGCUGCUGUCGAGGAGGGAGGCGGAGGCGAGGCCGGCGCCGGCGCAGCCGGCGCCUUACGCCUACGCAGGCGCCGCCGCUCCAGCCUCCGGUUCGGGAGCCGCCGGUUCAGGAGCCGGAGUCGCGGAUGCCGUGGCGCGGGCGCGAGCGAGGGUCUCGGGGGGAUCCGCGCCGCCUGACGGGUCGGCGCCCGGUUCGACGUCCGUCCCCGUCCCGGCCGUCCCCGUCCCCGAGACGCCAGCUCCCAACAUGGCGUCGCCGCCGGCCGCGCCCGCGGCGCCCGCGGUGGAGAGCAUCGACGACGACGGAACCGUGUCGUCGCUCGGGCCCGACGGAGGCGCGGGUGGUCUGAUGCGCGCGUUCGACACGGCGGCUUCGGCUGAAAACGUCGCGCCGGUCGCGAACGUCGUCGGGACGGAGUCGAAGGGUCCGGUCGCGGCGGACGUCGUCGGAGCCGCGUCCGCGCCGUGAGGAUCGUGACGUCGGAGACUGUGAAUACAAGACGUUGUUUAACACGCCUCGGAGAUUG